AUGGUGUAUAAAGAGAUGGAUUCGGAAGAUUCACGUGAUCAAAGCUCAUCUAGUAGUUCAAGUUCAAGCUCUAGGAGUCGAAGGAGUUCAUCCUCUGACAGGAGUGAACCAUCUAAAAAAGAUACAAAGUCCCCUCCUCCUUCUCCCAGAUCCCCAAGGUCCAGAGGGCCACGCUCACCAUCACCUGAUAGUCGAUCACCAUCCCCACAUCAUGGCAAACAACCACAAUCACCUGACAAUCUAAGUGGGGCUCACUCUGACAUUAAUUCACCAGAAAAUUCAAUGCCUGGAUCACCCGUAGCAUGCCCUAAGUCACCAGAAGGUCCACACUCACCAAGUGAUGUUGGUUCCAAUAUAGGUUCACCUGGGCAUGGUGAUCAAUACUCCUCAGCCCCAGUGUCGGCAGGAGAAGGACCAAAGACCCCACAGAGUCCUUCUAGCUCAGCUAAAUCUGGUCCUGGCUCACCAGAUAAUAGGUCCAGACCUGAGUUUGAAAGAAGUAUACAGCGACAAUCUCCAUCCUCCAGUCCUUCACCAGAUAGAAACUCCUAUAGAUCUUCACCCAACAUGUCACCAGUUAUAAAGAAAAAUGACUGGAGUCCUAAAGAAAGAAAUGAAAAGUGGAGAAGACAUACAAAAGCUGAGCAGAAAAUGGUGCCUGUCCCUAGAGCCCGUAGUAGAUCUGAUUCAAGUCGUUCUAGCAGAAGUUCUUCAUAUCACAAUAGAAGUUCUAAAGAUCCUGCCACUGAAGAGAUAUCUGAGGGAGAAAUGGAAUCUGACCAAGAAGAUAGAAAAUUAAGGAGCAAACCAACUGGAAGUGAUAAACCAGAUGGAAAAGAUCUAAAUAUAAGUCAUGAGGAUCUUUCUGAUGUGUCUGACUUGGAUUCCAUGGGGCCUGAAGAUGCUGAAAAGGGUGCUAAGCUCACGUCGCCCCUACCAUCUGAAAAUAAGUUUGAUGCAAAAGUCAAUGGUACGAGUUUACAAACAUCACCUCAAUCAGACAAUGGGAAGAGUGAUGUUCCAAAACUGGAAAAAGUACCUCAAGAAAAAACUAGCAACACAGAAGAUGGAGAAGAACAAUUAGAUUUUGAAGCAGAAGAAGGAGAAUGUAUAGAACCAAAAACUGUAGAACAAUCAAAUGGUGACACCGAGGACAAGAGUAUUGAGAGAGAAGAGGCGAAACCUGGUCGUCGGCGUUCACGUGGUUCAUCGCUCGAGGAAGGAGAGGUAUCGGACGAAGCAGAGCGUCGUCCCGAAGAGAGCGAACCGCGACCGGUUUGCAGGUUCUUCUCUCGUGGAGCUUGUACUUGGGGUGUUAGUUGCAGGUUUCUUCACCCGGGUGUGACGGAUAAGGGUAACUACAAUAUGUUCGACGUCGUUCGCGGUGUCCCUGCCAGUGGCUCAUACCCCACAGCACCUGCUAGAGAUGUCGCGCCCCCCGAAUCCGCUUGGGAGCGUGGCUUGCGCACAGCUAAAGAGAUGCUCAGAAUAGCGAACAAGCGUAAGGAGCAAGACAUGGACUUCGAAGAGAAGAAGUUACACCUGUCAGUGGGUGGUGUGGUGCACGACCCGGACGCAGAGCUGGCCUACGCCGCCGCGGCGGUGGGCGCGUCGCCGCCUCGCCACCACGAAAUGCCGCCCGCACACUACAGGGAUCCUGAAGCAUUCAGAACGUACGGCCCAAUGUAUCGAGGUCGUUUCCCUCGGCCGCCAGUUGACGAACGUGAGCGGUAUUACAAUCGGGAGCACAUGUAUGAAAAAGAACGCGUUUAUGAAAGAAUGCCCCAUUACGACGAAAGGGUUCCUACGACAGAAGAGGGCCCUUAUCAUAAGAGACGCGUCCGCUCGUCUCGCGAAGUGAUCGUGCAGCGCGCUGAGGUGGAGCGGCGCGAGGCGAGAGAGGGCAGAGAGGCGAGAGAGGCGCGGGAGGCCCGCGAGGCCCGCUCGCCGCGCGACGGUCGGCGCGACGGGCGCACGGACGAGUGGGCGGACCCCUGGAUGCGCGCCGAGCCCGCCGCGCGCCGCCGCAAGCCGCCCUCCUCCGACGACUCUUACUCCUCCUCCAGCUCUUCAAAUUCCAGUUCCCGAAGUUCGCGAUCGCCGAGCGCGCGUCGUAAGAGAAGGGCGUCCUCUUCGUCGAGACAAAGGCUGUCUCCGUCGGUGAUAGUGCGCGAGCGCCGGCUGGCCACGGCCCGCGCCACGGCCAUGAACCCGCCCGCGCCCCGGCGCCGCGCGGCCUCGCCCGCGGCCGCGCGCCAGCUGGCCGCCAACCCGCCGCCGCCCGCUACACACCGACACAAGGAAGAAAUAGAUGCUUAUGGCCGUACCAAACCGUUAGGACGCAACAGGGAUAGAAAGAAAUACUCAAGGUCUUCCUCAUCAGGUUCAGAAUCAUCGUCAUCAUCCAGCGAGUCAGAGAGUGAAUCGCAUUCAUCUUCGUCGUCCGGCAGUUCGGGAGCCAGGCGUGCUAGACACGCUCGUCUCCUGAACGCAGCUGCCAGACCUAGGUUAAAUGCAAAAUCGAGUGCUGGGCUUGCUGCAGCUGUGACAACUAUUACCAGCAAGAAAGAAGUCCCUAGCGAUAAAGAAUCAGGUGGAAAAAAACGAGCUGCUUCACCUCUGAAUGCUGUGCCUGCCAAAAAAUCUGUGUCAAGAAGAGAAGAGUUGUUGAAGCAAUUGAAAGCUGUUGAAGAUGCGAUAGCGAGAAAGCGUUCUAAGAUUUAG